AAGGGCGCUGUAACUAGAGGCGAUGCAGGGAGACAAUUCCUGGAAGCACGCAGGGAAGUUGGUGGGCGGGGUUGUUUCGGGCAUUCGGAUGGGCGACCCGCAGAGGCGUCUGGAAGGCCCGCGUCUUUAGGGAGCCGGGAGCGUAGGAGCGGCGUCUCUGGUUACAGGGUCGGGCAAAGGGCAAAGGUCGGCCUCCAGUUUGGCGAGUCCCUCCUUCAGAGAAUGGCUGCGUCUGGGGGAUCCGGCAGGCAGUGGCAGGAGGAGGUGGCGGCGGUGGUAGUGGUGGGUUCCUGCAUGACCGACCUCGUCAGUCUUACUUCUCGUUUGCCAAAAACUGGAGAAACCAUCCAUGGAUAUAAGUUUUUUAUUGGCUUUGGAGGAAAAGGUGCCAACCAGUGUGUCCAAGCUGCUAGGCUUGGAGCAAAGACAUCUAUGGUGUGCAAGGUUGGCAAAGAUUCUUUUGGCAAUGAUUAUAUAGAAAACUUAAAACAGAAUGAUAUUUCUACAGAAUUUACAUAUCAGACUAAAGAUGCUGCGACAGGAACUGCUUCUAUAAUUGUCAAUAGUGAAGGCCAGAAUAUCAUCGUUAUAGUGGCUGGAGCAAAUUUACUUUUGAAUACUCAAGACCUGAGGGAAGCAGCCAGCGCCAUUGGCAGAGCCAAAGUAAUGAUCUGCCAGCUAGAAGUAACUCCAACGACUUCUUUAGAAGCCCUGACAAUGGCCCACAGCAAUGGAGUGAAAACAUUGUUCAAUCCAGCCCCUGCCAUUGCUGACCUGGACCCCCGGUUCUACACCCUCUCAGAUGUGUUCUGCUGCAAUGAAAGUGAGGCUGAGAUUCUAACCAGCCUCACAGUCAGCAGCCCUGCAGAUGCCGGGAAGGCUGCGCUGGUGCUCAUGGAGAGGGGCUGCCAGGUCGUGGUCAUCACCUUAGGUGCUGAGGGCUGUGUGGUGGUGUCACAGACAGAACCUGCCCCAAAGCACAUUCCCACCAACAAAGUCAAAGCUGUGGAUACCACGAAUGUGAGUGCCAAGAGCGCGGGGACUAAGUGUGCCUUGCAUUCUAGUACAUCCAGCACCUGGGAGAGUCACCGAGCCAUGGUAAACGUUCAACACGUACUUGCUGAGCAAAUGCUACAGUGUCAAAAGGACCGCAAAACUGCCAGAGAUGCUCAGCAGGAGUCUGGAAAGGGCAACAGGUCCUUGGAAGCAUCUGAAUUUAUUGUAGAGCAUCUUCCCUGAGUCUUACCAAUUGGAUCAAAAUGCAACAGCAUCAGUUUCUCCUGUAGUCGGUUUCUCUUAGCGUUGAAGCAGAACCCUGUCCCAGCUUGGCUCAGCAUUU